UUGACAUUUGUGUUUAUACCUGGACGUAACAGACAGGCGGCAACAUCACCGAACUUCACUCAAAUUUAACCUUUUGUUUAAGUAGUGAUAUUUUGUUAUUUCUAUUUUCUUGCGUAGGAACCAGUGGGUUAAGCUGGUCUGUGCCAAGUUUUCUGUUUUGCUGGUGUUCAGCACGAACAGCGUGCUGUUUUUGACGGAGGUCAGCGGCUUUCCAGUUGAAGCCAGUCCACUGACAAGAUGCUUGCCUCGGGUAGGACCGUGUCCUCCCGGCUGCUGAGGCCAACCGCGUGGCUUCCUCUCCGGCUGAGCUCCGAGCGGGCGGCCGCUAGCUUCGCGCAGAAAGAGUUGAUCAAGAAACAUGAACAGGAUGAGCCUCGCCCCCUCUACAUGGACUUCCAGGCAACCACUCCCAUGGAUCCCCGGGUGCUGGAUGCCAUGUUGCCCUACCAGGUGAAUUACUACGGUAACCCUCACUCCAGAACGCAUGCCUACGGCUGGGAGAGUGAAUCCGCUAUGGAGACCGCUAGGAAGCAGGUGGCUGAUCUGAUUGGAGCCGAUCCCAGAGAGAUCGUUUUCACCAGCGGAGCCACAGAGUCCAACAACAUGGCUAUCAAGGGUGUAGCCCGGUUCUACAAGGCCAAAAAACGUCAUGUGAUCACCACUCAGACCGAGCAUAAGUGCGUCUUAGACUCGUGUCGGAUUCUGGAGUCCGAAGGGUUCGAUGUUACUUACCUGCCGGUCCAGAACAACGGCCUGCUGGACCUAGAGUUGUUGGAGGCCUCCAUCCGUACUGACACCUCUUUGGUGUCGGUGAUGACCGUGAACAACGAGAUCGGAGUCAAGCAGCCCAUCAAGGAGAUUGGUCAGAUUUGUCGCUCAAAAGGAGUCUUCUUCCACACUGAUGCUGCUCAGGCCGUUGGGAAGAUUCCCAUCAGCAUCUCUGACUGGAAGAUCGAUCUGAUGUCCAUCAGUGGUCACAAGAUUUACGGACCCAAAGGUGUGGGUGCGUUGUACGUGCGUCGCAGGCCAAGGGUGCGUUUGGAGCCAAUACAGAACGGUGGCGGGCAGGAGAGGGGGCUGCGCUCUGGCACUGUCCCCACCCCACUGGCUGUUGGACUGGGAGCUGCCUGUAGCAUCGCCCAGGAGGAGAUGGAGUAUGAUCAUCAGCGGGUGUCCAUGCUGGCUAAUCGUCUGGUCCAGAAGGUCAUGUCUGAGAUUCCUGAUGUCAUCAUGAAUGGAGAUCCAGAACAGCGUUACCCUGGCUGUAUCAACCUUUCUUUUGCCUACGUGGAGGGCGAGAGUCUGCUGAUGGCACUGAAGGAUGUUGCUCUGUCAUCAGGGAGUGCAUGUACUUCAGCGUCUUUGGAGCCAUCAUACGUCCUCAGAGCUAUUGGAGCAGAUGAAGAUCUGGCUCACUCUUCCAUCAGGUUUGGUAUUGGCAGGUUCACCACUGAAGAAGAGGUUGACUACACAGCAGAGAAAUGCAUCGAGCAGGUCCACAGACUCAGAGAGAUGAGUCCUCUGUGGGAGAUGAGUCAGGAAGGCAUCGACCUGAAGAGCAUCAACUGGACGCAGCAUUAAGCUUCUUCCACUUCUUGCCCACUUCGACAUGAUAGUUCCCAAAAGACUGAAGGAACAGACCAGCUUUUUCUUCCUGUAAACAAACACGCACAAACUCCCUGUCGUCUGGCUGUAGCUGUAGCUCAGUGUCUCUCUAGAAGCUCCUCCAGUUGCUCUCUCAGGAGAUGUUGCUCAGACAGUUGACCAACGCACAUCAAUCUCUUCUUUUUCUUCUGUUGCCCUGCUUCUUUAUCUCAGAUGAAAUGUUUACAGAGGCUGUGACACGCUCUGAAAUCUAACAUGACAUUCAUGAGAAGUACAUCCUCUUUGGUUGUUUCAAACUAAAUAUGGUAUUGAUUGUGCAACAUGUCCAUCAGUGGCCGAUUUGGGGCUUUGAUCAACAGACUGCCCACAAACAAAAAAUUUAGACAGACAUCCAGGACCAUGUUUUCACAGCAGGGCUACUCAAAAAAAGCAGUUAUUCAGAAUACAACAGUAAAGGAUAAACCAGUCGGCACAUGUAUUUUUUAAUAAAGGUUAGGGGAAAACAAAUUUGUGGGCACACACACAAACCAAAACAAUUGGUUGUAAAGUAAAAAAGGAAAAAAAAAAACACUCUAUGACUAAGAAGAAAACCUUUUAUACUCAUGUCUCUGUCAUUAUUAUUUUUUUCUAAAAACAUUGCAGCACUGUAAUCAACUAUGCAUCCAUCGCACAAUUUGAUAUGCAUCAGUGUCUGUGACCAAGAUUUGUCUAAAACUGGUCUUGCACAGUAUGACAGACAUGCAGUAAAUGGCACAGAGGCGCUUUUAAUCUGACUCUUUAGGUGAUUUGACUUCAACUAAUCUAACAUCUUGAUGCCUGGUGUCAUGAAGCUGGUUAACAGACAGCUUAGUUUACACUUGUUUCACUAAUGCACUCAUGAGCGUGUCUGUGGGAAAUGGAAGUUACACACAGUACCGUCCAAAUCAUGAAGUGUCAAUGUGGCAGGCAGGUUGAAAUGCAACAUUGUUUUGUUAUGACACUGCAAUUAGUAGAAGCUUUGUAGGCCCACACAUUGUAGCUGUGUACUGUCAUCUGUCAAAUAUAUCUCAGUAAUGUAGUGUAAAAGACUUCAAACUGGAGUGAAACUGAAUAUUGAAAACCUGAGAAGUCUUUUAAGCAGUCAGUAUGCCGGGGCUAAUGGCAAGUGUGUUUCCAUAGCCCUUUCAUUCUUUGACUUCCAGUAAUCACCCUCUCUGCAGAGCCAAAGAGCUCCACAGAAAGACCUGAUCAGACAUUCACACAACUAGAACAAAAUAAUUUAUAAUUUACUGAGUCAAGCAGUAGUUCAAACAUCCAUUGGUGUUAUAUCCAGCGAUCCAAUUGAUGACAAGUUUUGAUAUUAUCUUGAGAAUGAACCUGCUGUGGAGAAGCACGAAUGUACAUGUGACCAACACAGUUACUGUUUACUCUUGCUAAAUGUGACCGAGCUUUGUGAUACCAUCACACUCGCAUUAAACCCAAAGAUAGCCACAUAAAUUAGAAAAAAAUAAAACACGGGCAACAAUCUAAGUGAUAAAAGAAUCGGAACAAAGCUGUGUUGCUUCAGCAAAGCUGGAAAGAGCAACUGAAGGCAGCAGGAUGUGAUGAUUCGCCCAGUAUUUAUUUGAGUCAGACCUUUCCACUAGAUUCACAGGUUUAUCUCUCCAGCUCUGUUCAUAGGUUAUAAACUGCCCUCUCUGUCUCAUGCUCUUGUCUUAUCAUCCCACAUCAGCGCUUAUUAUUCAUUCAGUGGUAGCAUGUUGGCCUAUGAUCAGCAGUUCUCAGUGAAAUAUCCAACGAGACAGUGUUAGCAGCAGCGGUUUCAUUGUUCUGUUAGUCAGUAACCACUCUACAAGUCUGCAGCCCUGAUUUUUAAAGUCAGACUUCUGUCACACGUGUCCGUGGCUUAUGACAGGAAAUACAAGAUGAUUGUGAAAAUCUAAACAAAAAUAAAACAAUUGGUUAAAAAAUGUGGGUCUCUAAGACUACACUCUCUGGGGGGGGAUUCUUGUAUUGUGUUCUUGGAUGUAUCUGGAGCCUCUUUUUGAUAUAUUUGCUCGUCUCCUGCAUCUACUGUCUUCGACUGUUACAUGUCAUUGCACAUUAGUAUCCAAUAAAAUUGUUUCUUCUGGUUAUGCCAUCAA